UAAAACGAAUGUUCUCCCCCUCUGACAUAUUAUUCUUGGCAUUAUAUUCUUUUCUUACACGACAUAAUUAGCCUUCUAUAAUUGUAUUUUGACCAUUCUUUAUUUUUUUCUCUCACCCCCUUUGGUCGUCUCUCUCCACGGCUUCCUUAUCUUUUCCUCUAAACAUAUUUUUGUCAUAUUCUACCUUUACAGGAAAACCGGAAAAAUACUAAUAACAAUAAACACAAAAAUAAAAAAAAUGAAAAACAAAGAACCCCACUUUACUGAAAGUCUCAAGACUGAACCUAUAAUAAUAAUAUUAUUUUAUACCAUCAUAUCCUUUGAUCAACACAAAAAUCCCUUUUCACUUUUUGAUUGAUUUUUCUUUUUUCCUUCCUCAAUCAUCAUGGAAACCCAUCUACAGCAGGUGAAGAACAGUUCUCAAACUUUUUCUGAAAAGCAAAACCCUAAACAAGAAGCUUCACCAAUAUCAUCCACUUCUUCUUCACCUUCUCAUGACUUCUCCUUCACCAUCUCUCUCCAACCUCUAUCUUCUUCCUCCAAAAUCAUUAGCCCUACACUCAGAAACCCAACCAAAACGACACCGUCUUACCAACAAACCGAUCCAUUCGCUGUCGAUCUGUCUCCUGCCGAUGAGAUCUUCUUCUACGGCCAUCUUCUCCCUCUCCAUCUUCUCUCUCACCUCCCUGUCUCUCCCCGAACUUCCACCGGUUCGUAUAAUGACGGAUUUGCCCUCCCUGUCAAAGAUAUAUUACCUGACCAGCCCACCACUCUCCCCACCACAAACGACGACAACAACAACAACAACAGUAUGGAGCUGAAGAAUAGCAAUACCGACGAUAAGUCCCAGAGAUUCGACAGUGAGAAUCGAGUUAAAACCAAACCCAUAAAGUCAUUUUCUCUCUUUGGUUUAUCGAAAUGGAGAAAAGGGUAUGAAGGCAACGACCGAGGACAAGAGCAGCAACAACAAAACCAGCAGCAGAAGAAGAAACUUAGUUUAGACCUAAGUCACGCAGUCAAGAAGUACAUAAGGAUGUUGUUUCAGAGAAGAGGAAACGGCAUGCAGUUCAGGAGCAGAAGGCAGACUUCUUCUUACUCGUUCUCUUCCUCUAUAAUGGAUUCGAAAGGAAACAGCAAAACAAUGAUUAAUGGAUCGAGAGAUCUGAUGAGAGCGAGGAGAGGCGAGUUAUUCUCGGCUCCGGCGUCGAUGAGAACAUCGCCGACAAAUAGUGGCCAUCUCUGUGUGUCCACCGCGGGGCUCUCGUCGAGCUCUGCCUCCACGUCGUCAUCGUCAAGUGAUAGCACCAUGGAAGAGCUGCAAGCAGCGAUUCAAGCGGCCAUUGCUCAUUGCAAGAACUCAAGCGCCGUUGAUCGUGAUGAUAAGGUUUAGGAUUCUUGAUUUGGUUUUUACCUUUUGUCCUUAAUAUGUUGUUGUUUCUUGUCAGAAGGAAACAAAUUGUUAGUGUGUGACGUGGAAUUUACAUUCACAGUAGAGGUUAUUAUUUUA